CGAGAAUAACAUUAUCAGGAAAAUUAAGUGGAUUAUGGAAUCCGGCAGCAUUAUUCUUCCCAAUGAUUUCCAUUGUUAAAAACGCCCAACUACCUACUCCCCUGUCCCACCCAACCUCAGCUCAUUCAUCUCCCCCAUCUUCCUCUCACUUAUCAGUUGUUGCCUGUUUGGUGAAUACCAACAAUUCUUCUUCCUUAAGCUAAUUCCCCAAAUUUCCUACUCUUAAAUCUUUGUUUUUCUAUAUACUCAAUCAUAUACCCACCAAGUGUUUGUAUAAUUGUGUAACAGCGAAUUCUCCUUUGUGUGGAUUGUAAAAAAAAAUAAUAAAAAAAUAGAGUAAUAUGGCGAGGAAGAAGAUCAGAGAGUACGAUUCCAAGAGACUUCUAAAGGAGCAUUUGAAACGCCUUGCUGGUAUCGAUCUUCAGAUCUGCUCUGCUCAAGUGACAGAAUCUACAGAUUUUACUGAGUUAACAAACAAAGAACCAUGGCUUUCAUCGACAAAGCUGGUUGUAAAACCAGACAUGCUGUUUGGAAAGCGUGGAAAGAGUGGUUUGGUAGCUUUGAAUCUAGAUCUAGCAGGAGUUGCGGAGUUUGUAAAAGCACGACUUGGUGUGGAGGUUGAAAUGGGUGGCUGCAAGGCACCUAUAACAACAUUUAUUGUUGAACCAUUUGUUCCCCAUGACCAAGAAUAUUACCUUUCCAUAGUCUCUGAAAGGUUGGGAUGCACAAUUAGCUUUUCAGAAUGUGGAGGCAUUGAGAUUGAAGAGAACUGGGACAAGGUCAAGACAAUAUUCCUUCCGACAGAGAAACCUAUGACCCUAGAGGCAUGUGCUCCACUGAUUGCUACUCUGCCCUUGGAGGUACGGGGAAAGAUUGGCAAUUUCCUAAUGGGUGUUUUUGAUGUGUUUCAAGAUCUCGAUUUUAGUUUCAUAGAGAUGAACCCUUUUACGCUUGUAAAUGGGGAGCCUUACCCAUUGGAUAUGAGGGGAGAGUUGGAUGACACAGCAGCCUUCAAAAAUUUUAAGAAGUGGGCAGGCAUUGAGUUUCCUCUGCCCUUUGGAAGAGUUUUGAGCCCUACCGAAAGCUUCAUUCACUCUUUGGAUGAGAAAACUAGUGCCUCCUUAAAAUUUACAGUUUUGAACCCAAAAGGUCGUAUCUGGACAAUGGUGGCUGGAGGAGGUGCAAGUGUUAUAUAUGCUGAUACAGUAGGGGAUUUAGGCUAUGCCUCUGAGCUUGGUAACUAUGCCGAGUAUAGUGGAGCUCCAAAUGAAGAGGAGGUUCUGCAAUAUGCUCGAGUAGUUCUAGAUUGUGCUACUGCUAAUCCUGAUGGCCGUAAGAGAGCUCUCAUUGUUGGAGGUGGUAUUGCUAACUUCACUGAUGUUGCUGCUACUUUCAAUGGGAUUAUUCGGGCUCUUAGGGAGAAGGAAGCCAAGCUAAAAGCGGCUAGAAUGCAUAUCUAUGUACGAAGAGGUGGUCCAAAUUAUCAGACUGGCCUAGCAAAAAUGCGCGCCCUAGGAGAGGAACUUGGAGUUCCCCUUGAGGUUUAUGGACCAGAGGCUACCAUGACGGGCAUUUGCAAACGGGCAAUUGAUUGCAUUAUGUCUGAAGAGUAAAUGCCAGAUCAGAAGACUUGUGUUGCAUUCUUGAAAAUUCCUGCAAUUAAGAAGAAACUUUGUUGGAUAUUUCAUUUGCCUUCUGAUAUUGUUUUGUUUCCGAUUGAGACCUUCGAUAAUAAUUGAGAUCCGUUUAUUUUAUCUGGCAA